GCGCAGUUGUAACGUGGAAACUAACGCACGCGCGAGACAAAUGGUGCCUCAAUAUUUUGUCUCUCAAAUAUAAAAAAAAAUACAUAUAUAUAUAUAAUUUAUAAUAUCAAUUUUUAAAUAUCAACGGUGUUAAUAAUCAAAAAAUAUUAAUUAAAAAAAGUUUUGUUUAUAAUUUGUGUUACUUGUUUUGUGUUUGUUUGUGUAUUUUGUUUUUUUACUGUUAAAAAAUUAAGGAUAUACAUAUUUUUUGUUGUUGUUUGUCGAGGAUCAUAUCACCAUUAUUUUGGAUAAAUUUUUAUGAAACCGUAGGAAGGGGCGCAGUAUGAGACCGGCGUUGAACAACACGCCGUACCCCAACAAAUCUACAACAAUUUAUCAUAUAAUUCGUUGUCGUCGUCGUCGUCACGAUUUAAUCGUUACAAUAAUUCAACCCAAAUACAAAGAAGAAUGACUCAACGUGAGGAUGUACUUAAAUUCGAGCAGGGCAGAAUUAAAGCCCUGCAAGAAGAACGUCUUCAUAUACAAAAAAAAACAUUUACAAAAUGGAUAAAUUCAUUUUUACUAAAGGCACGUAUGGAAGUUGAGGAUUUAUUUACUGAUCUUGCUGAUGGAAAAAAACUUUUAAAAUUAUUGGAAAUAAUAUCUGGUGAAAGACUUGCAAAACCAAACAAUGGACGUAUGCGAGUACAUAAAAUUGAAAAUGUCAAUAAAUCUUUGGCAUUUUUACACACAAAGGUACGACUGGAAAGUAUUGGUGCCGAGGAUAUUGUUGAUGGAAAUCCAAGAUUGAUACUUGGUCUCAUAUGGACAAUUAUAUUACGUUUUCAAAUACAGGAAAUUGAGAUUGAUGUUGAUGAAGAAAAUGAAAGCAGUGAAAAAAAAUCAGCCAAGGAUGCACUUUUAUUAUGGUGUCAAAGAAAAACAAAUGGAUAUCCAGAUGUUAAUAUUCAAGAUUUUACUGGAUCCUGGCGAACUGGUCUUGGUUUUAAUGCUCUUAUACAUGCCCAUAGACCAGAUGUUAUAACAUGGUCUGAUUUACAAGUUGGUAAAAAUAUUGAUAAUCUUAAUUAUGCAUUUGAUGCUGCAAAUGAUAAACUUGGUAUACCACGUCUUCUUGAUGCUGAAGAUGUUGAUACACAACGUCCAGAUGAAAAAUCAAUAAUGACAUAUGUUGCAUCGUAUUAUCAUACAUUUGCAAGAAUGAAAAAUGAAAAAAAAAGUGGUAAAAGAAUUGCAAAUAUUGUUGGACAAGUUAUGACUGCUGAUAAUAUGAAAAUAAAUUAUGGUUCAUUAACAUCAAAAUUAUUAGAAUGGAUUAAAUUAAAAAUAAAGCAACUUGAAAAUCGUGAUUUUCCAAAUUCAUUAGAAGGCAUACAACGUGAAUUAUUAUCAUUUAAACAAUACAGAACAAUUGAAAAACCACCAAAAUACAAAGAAAGAUCAGAAAUUGAAGUACUUUAUUUUAAUAUAAAUACACAAUUAAAAUCAUUAAAUCAACCAUCAUUUAUACCACAAGAAGGACAAUUAAUAAGAGAUAUUGAAAGAAAUUGGAUUGAACUUGAACGUGCUGAACAUCGUCGUGAAGUAUCAUUAAGAGCUGAAUUAUUACGUCAAGAACGUCUUGAACAACUUAAUUAUAAAUUUGAAAAAAAAAGUGUAUUACGUGAAGGUUAUUUAAAAGAAAUGAUACAAGUAUUAUCUGAUCCUCGUUAUGGUAGUAAUUUAUCACAAGUUGAUGCAACUGUUAAAAAACAUGAAGCAAUAAGUGCUGAUAUACUUGCACGUGAAGAACGUUUUCAUGAUUUAACAAAUAUGUCAGAAGAACUUGUUAAAGAAAAUUAUCAUGGUUUAGAAAGAGUACGUAAUCGUGAACAAGAAGUACUUGAACGUUGGAAAGAAUUAAUAAAACUUCUUGAUCAUCAUAAAUUAAAUUUAUCAUCAUUAUCAUCAUUAAUGUCAUUAAUGAGAGAAAUUGAUGCAACAUUAACAAGUAUACAAGAAUUACAAUUUAAUUUUCAAAGUACAGAUGUUGGACCACAUUUAUUAGGUGUUGAAGAUUUAUUACAAAAACAUAGUUUACAAGAAUUACAAGUAACAGCACUUGGUGAAACUCAACGUCGUCUUGGUAGACAUGCAUUACAACAUUUAAAUCAACAAACAUCAUCAACAAAUAAAGAUGAUAAAACACCAUUAUUACAACAAAAAAUUGAUUUAUUAAAUAAAACAUAUGAUGAACUUGUUGAAAAUAGUAAAGAACGUAAAGGACGUCUUGAAGAUGCAAGAAAUUUUUAUCAUUUUUUACAAGAUCAUGAAGAUGAAGAAUCAUGGCUUGUUGAAAAACAAAGAAUAUGUAAAGCUGGUAUAUCAGCUAAAGAUUUACGUGCUGUAUUAUCAUUACAACAAAAACAUAAAACAUUACAAGAUGAAAUGAAAUUACGUAGACCAAAAUCUGAACAAUUAUGUACAGCUGGUGAAAAGUUAAUAUCAGAUAAACAUUCAUCAUCAAUUGAAAUUAAAAAUCGUAUUGAUUCAUUACAAGAACAUUGUCGUGUACUUGAAGAAUUAUCAGCAUUGCGAAAAAAACAACUUGAUGAUGCUGUUGAAGCAUUUCAAUAUUAUGCUGAUGCAAAUGAAGCUGAUUCAUGGAUGAAUGAAAAAAUGGCAUUAGUUGCAUCUGUUGAUUAUGGUAUUGAUGAACCAAGUGCACAAGCAUUAUUACAACGUCAUAAAGAUCUUGAAGGUGAAUUAAAUGCAUAUAAAGGUGAUGUACAAUCACUUAAUUUACAAGCUGAAAAAUUAAUACACGCUGGUAUAUCAACAUUAGAAUUAACAGCUGAUCCAAGACCAGUUGCUGAACUUGAACAAGAAGAAUGGAGUAAAGAAAUACGUUUAGUACCACAAGAUGAAUGGGUUGAUGAAAUAAUUGAACGUAUUGAACCACGUACAAUAUUAGAAGAUAGAUUAGUACCACAAGUUAAAAGUUUAUAUCCAUUUAGUGGACAAGGUAUGCAUAUGGCUAAAGGUGAAAUAAUGUUUAUUAUUAAUAAAACAAAUCCAGAUUGGUGGAAUGUUAGAAAAAUUGAUGGUACUGAUGGUUUUGUACCAGCAAAUUAUGUACGUGAAAUUGAACCAAAAGUCAUACAAGUACAAGUUAAAAAACAAGAAAAAGUACGUGUUACACAACGUGUUAAAAAAACUAAAAUGGUUAAUCAAAUAAUACCAGUUAGACGUACAAAAUCAAUUAAAUCAACAGUUAAACCAAUAAAACGUAAAAUUAUUAAUGACAAUGAUAAUGUUGAAAAACGACAAAAAAAAAUUAAUGAUACAUAUAAUGAAUUACAUGAAUUAGCAAUAAAACGUCAUGCAUUACUUGAAGAUGCAAUAAGAUUAUAUGGUUUUUAUCGUGAAUGUGAUGAUUUUGAAAAAUGGAUAAAAGAUAAAGAAAAAAUGUUACGUGCUGAUGAUUCACGUGAUAAUGUUGAAACAGCUAAAAGAAAAUAUGAAAAAUUUUUAACUGAUUUAUCAGCAUCUGGUAAACGUGUUGAGGCUAUUGAUAAUGCUGUUGAUGAUUUUGUUAAACAAGGACAUAGUCAAUUGGAUAAAGUUAAAUCAAGACAACGACAUAUACAUCAAUUAUGGGAUCAUUUAAAUUGGCUUAAAGCACAAAAAGAAAAAAGUCUUGAGGGUGCAUCAAGUGUUGAAUUAUUUAAUAGAACAUGUGAUGAAGCAAAUGAUUGGAUGCAUGAAAAAAUAACACAACUUGAUACUGCUGAAAUUGGUCCUGAUUUAAAAACAGUACAAGCAUUACAACGUAGACAUCAACAUUUAGAACGUGAAUUAGCACCAGUUGAAGAAAAAGUUAGAAAAGUUAAUUUAUUAGCAAAUAGUGUUAAAAGUUCAUAUCCAAAUGAACAUAAUAAUGUUAAUACACGACAAAAUGAAAUUAAAUCAUUAUGGAAUAAAGUACAAACAAAAGCUAAAGAACGUAGAUCACGUCUUGAGGAUGCUGUUGGACAACAAAUAUUUAUGAAUAGUUCAAAAAGUCUUAUUAAUUGGGCAAAUGAUAUUAAAGAUUCAAUGAAAGCUGAAGAACCAGUUAGAGAUAUUGCAACAGCUGAAAAAUUACAAAAAAUACAUAAUGAAUUUGGUGAUGAUAUUAAAACACAUGAAGAUGAAUUUAGAGAAGUUGAACAACUUGGUAAACAAUUAUUAAAUAGAAAUCCAGGUUUAAAUGAAGUUAAUGAACGUCUUGAUAAAUUACAUGGUCUUUAUCAACAAGUUGUUAAUGAUUGGAAUAAUAAAGAAGAAUGGUUACGUCAAUGUCUUGAGCUACAACAGUUUAAUCGUGAAGCUGAUCAAAUUGAAGCAACAACAAGUGCACAUGAGCUAUUUCUUGAAUUUACAGAUCUUGGUAAAUCACUUGAUGAUGUUGAAGCAUUAUUAAAAAAUCAUCAUAAAUUUGAAAGUACAUUACAUGCACAAGAUGAUAGAUUAAAUGUAUUUAAUGAUACAGCUGAUAAAUUAAUAUUACAAAAUCAUUAUGAAAAAGAAUUUAUUAAUGAAAAAAGAAAUCAAGUUAUUGCACGUCGUAUUGCUGUUAAAGAAACAGCACAAAUACAUUUUGCUGCACUUAAAGCAUCAGAAAAUUAUCAAAAAUUUUCAGCUGAAGUUGAUGAUCUUUCUGAUUGGCUUGGUGAUAAAAUGAAAAUUGCUGCUGAUGAAAAUUACAGAGAUUUAAAUAAUCUUGAACGUAAAUUACAAAAACAUGAAGCAUUUGAAAGAGAAUUAAGAGCAAAUGAGGGUCAAUUACGUGCUGUUAAUAAAGCAGGAAAAGCAUUAAUAUCAGAAAAAAAUUAUCGUUCAAAUGACGUUGGUCAUACACUUGAAGAUUUAAAUAAUAAAUGGAAUAAACUUGUUGAAUUAUCAUUAGAAAAAGGAAGAAGAUUAAGACAAGCAGCAUCACAACAUGGUUAUAAUAGAACAAUGGAAGAUGCAAGACUUAAACUUGAAGAAAUUGAAAAUUCAUUACAAAGUAAACAAGUUGGUAUUGAUUUAAGAAGUUGUAAAGAAUUAUUAAAAAAACAUCAAAUACUUGAAACUGAUAUGUAUCAAUGGGAACAAAAAGUUGAUGAUCUUGUUGCAAUGGGUGAAGAAAUGGCACAUGAAGGUCAUUUUGAUGCACCAAAUAUAUUAAAUACAAGUCAAGCAACACAAAAAAAAUUUCGUAGUCUUAAAGAACCAGCAAAAAAAAGACGUGAAGCACUUGAAGAAAGUUUACGUUUUCAUAAAUUUGGUUUUGAAUUAGAUGCUGAAUUACAUUGGAUAAAUGAUCAUUUACCACAAGCAUCAUCAACAACACUUGGACAAAAUUUACAUCAAGCACAAACAUUACAUAAAAAACAUAAAAAAUUAGAAGCUGAAAUUAUUGGACAUCAACCAAUGAUUGAUAAAACAUUAACAUCUGGUCAAUUAUUAAUUGAUCAAAAUCAUCCAGAAAGAAAAAAAAUACAAGAACUUUGUCAGGGACUUGAUGAUGCAUGGAAAUCAUUACAAGAUACAGCUGGUGAACGUAGUCGUGCACUUGAUUUAUCAUUACGUGCACAAGAAUUUUUCUUUGAAGCUAGUGAAGUUGAAAGUUGGUUAAGUGAAAAAAAUGAUGUAUUAAAUUCAACAGAUCAUGGAAGAGAUCGUGAUGCUGCGACAAAAUUACUAACUAAACACAAGGCCGUUGAGCUAGAAUUAGAUUCAUACGAUGGUAUAGUUAAAGAAAUGGGUCACACAGCAACGUCAAUGAUUAAUGCUAAACAUCCAGAUAGUAAAGCAAUAUCAAGUAAACAACAAGCUAUUGCACAACAAAUGCGUGCAUUACAAAGAUUAGCAAUAACAAGACAACAAAGAUUAAUGGAAAGUAUGUAUCGUCAUGAAUAUUUUCUUGAAAGUCGUGAAUUAGAACAAUGGAUUAAAGAACAAGAACAAUCUGCUGCAUCUGAAGAUUAUGGACAAGAUUAUGAGCAUUUACUUAUUCUUCAAGCUAAAUUUAAUGAUUUUAAACAUAGAAUUGAAGCUGGCUCAGAGAGAUUUAAUCAAUGUGAGGCCUUGGCUAAAAAACUUAUUACAAAUGAAAGUCCAUAUAUUCAAGAUAUUGAAAAACGUCAAGAACAACUUGGUGAAUCAUGGCAACAUUUACUUAAUUUAUUACGUCAUCGUGAACAACGUCUUCAAGCAGCUGGUGAAAUUCAUCGUUUUCAUCGUGAUGUUGCUGAGGCAUUAUCAAGAAUACAAGAAAAAGAAGCAGCAUUACCUGAAGAUCUUGGUCGUGAUUUAAAUUCAGUUCUUGCAUUAAUAAGACGUCAUGAAAGUUUUGAAAAUGAUUUAUUUGCUUUACAAGCACAAUUACAAGUACUUGUUGAGGAUGCAUCACGUUUACAAGUUUUAUAUCCUGGUAAUAAUGCAUCACAUAUUGAUCAACAACAACAACUUGUAUUAUCAAAUUGGGAAGAACUUAAAGAAAAAUCAGCUCAUAGAAAAGAUCAACUUCAUGCAAGUUGUGAUCUUCAACGUUUUUUAACACAAGUUAGAGAUUUAAUGAAUUGGGUUGCUGGUUUAAAAGCAACAUUAUCAACUGAGGAUAAAGUACGUGAUGCAGCAAGUGCACAAAUACUUAAAGCUGAACAUGAAGCAUUAAAAGGUGAAAUUGAAGCUAGAGAAGAUAAUUUUAGUGGUGUACUUGAUCUUGGUGAGGCAAUGGUACAAACUGGACAUUAUGCUGCACCAGAAGUUGAAGAAAAAUGUAAUCAAUUACUUGAUGAAAGACAUAAACUUCAUAUUGCAUGGCAAACUAAAAAAGUACAUCUUGAUCAAUUAAUUGAUUUACAUUUCUUUUUACGUGAUGCAAAACAACUUGAUAAUUUAUCAGCAACACAAGAAGCUGCAUUAAGUGGUGAUAAUUUUGGUAUGACUGUUGAAGAAGUUGAUGGACAAGUUAAAAAACAUAAUGAAUUUGAAAAAUUAUUAGUAACACAAGAAGAAAAAUUAAUGGCAUUACAAGAACAUGGUGAUAAGUUACUAGCACAAAAUCAUUUUGAUUCAAUAACAAUUGGUAAACGUUUAAAAGAAGUAUCAGAAAAACGUAGUAAAAUACGUAAACUUUGUGAUGCUAGAAAACAACGUUUAGCAGCAAGCUUUUUACAUGCACAAUUUGUACGUGAUGUUGCUGAAGCUGAAUCAUGGAUUGAUGAAAAACAAAAAAAACUUGAAGCUGAAGCAUCAAAAGGUGAAGUAUCAAGUCUUGAAGAUAAAAUUAAAAAAUUACAAAAACAUCAAGCUUUUCAAGCUGAAUUAGCAGCAAAUCAAAGUCGUAUUGAAGAAAUACGUAUAAAAGGUGAACAAUUAUUAUCACAAGAACAUCCAUCAAGUAAUGAAAUUAAAAAUCAACUUGAACAAUUACAUGCAACAUGGAAAAAAUUAUUAAUGACAUCUGGUAAUCGUGGUAGAGGUCUUGAAGAAGCACAAGAUAUAUUAGAAUUUAAUAAUCAAGUUGAAAAAAUUGAAGCUUGGAUACGUGAUAAAGAAAUGAUGGUACAAGCUGGUGAUACUGGUAAUGAUUAUGAACAUUGUUUAAGUUUACAACGUAAACUUGAUGAUGUUGAUAGUGAUAUGAGAGUUGAUGAUACAAGAAUUAAAACAAUUAAUUCAUUAGCAUUAAAAUUAAUAAAACAAAGUAAUGAUAAUAAUGAUUCAAAACCAAUUCAACAACGUCGUGAUAAUAUUAAUAAUAAAUGGAAAGCAUUACAAGGUGCAUUAAGUGCAUAUCGUAAUAUUCUUGGUGGUGCAUUAGAAAUACAUUUAUUUAAUCGUGAUAUUGAUGAUACAAGUCAAAGAGUUGCUGAAAAAUCACUUGUUAUGAAUACAAAUGAUGUUGGUAAAGAUUUAGCUGCUGUUGAACAUCUUCAACGUAAACAAGAAGCUAUGGAACGUGAUAUGACAGCAAUUGAAGGUAAAUUAAAAGAACAUGAUAAUGAAGCACGUAAUUUAGCUGGUAAAUAUCCAAAAAAUUCACAACAAAUUAAUUUAAUGCUCCACAACUUACAAUCAAAUUGGAAUAAUUUACAACAUUUAACAAAACACAGACGUGAUGUAUUAAAUCAAGCAUAUACAUUACAUAAAUUUAAAGCUGAUUUACAUGAAGUUGAAAUUUGGAUAUUUGAUACAAUUAAAAGAAUGAAUGAUUCUGAAGCACCAACAACAAUAUCUGAAGCUGAAGCUCUACUACAAUUACAUCAAGAAAGAAAAGCUGAAAUUGAUGGAAGACAAGAUACAAUAAAGCUAUUAAAUGAACAUGGUAAAAAACUUGUUGCAAUUAAUGCUGAUGUUAAAGAUAACAUUGAACAUUUAGAAAAAUUAAAAAAUAAUUUAGUUGAUGCAUGGAUUAAUCAAAGAGAAAAAUUAAUGCAAGCAUAUCAUUUUCAACAAUUUAAAGAACAAGCUGAUCAAGCUGAUAAUUGGCUUGCUGCUAAAGAAGCUGUACUUAAUAAUGAUGAUCUUGGUGAAUCAUUAUCUGGUGUUGAAACACUUAUUAGAAAACAUAAUGAAUUUGAAAAAAUGUUAUUAUCACAACUUGGUAGAAUUGAUGAAUUAGAAAUAUUUGCAAAUACAAUAAUUUCUGAAAAUUCAAAUGAUUCAGCAAUAAUAAAACAACGUUUAUCACUUGUUUGUGGUAGACGUGAUAAAUUAAAAAAUAAUUCAUCAGCAAGAAUGAAAAAACUUAUUGAAAGUAAACAAUUACAUCAAUUUCUUAGAAAUAUUUAUGAAGUUGAAGGUUGGUUACAUCAAAAACAACAAGUUGCUGGUGAUGAAAAUUAUCGUGAAUCAACAAAUUUACAAAGUAAAAUACAAAAACAUGUUGCAUUUGAAGGUGAAUUAAUGGCAAAUCGUGGUAGAAUUGGAGCAAUUAUGAAUGAAGGUAAAAAUCUUAUUGAAGAUAAUCAUUAUGCAACAAAAGAAAUUCAAGAUCGUCUUGAAGAUUUAGAAUCUGAAUGGAGAAUUCUUCAAGAUGCUAGUGAAUUAAAAAAAAAUCGUUUAAAUGAUGCAUAUCAAGCAUUAUUAUUUGGACGUACACUUGAUGAAUUUGAAACAUGGAUGGAUGAAAUUGAAACACAACUUCAAUCAGAAGAUCAUGGUAAAGAUCUUUCAAGUGUUGCUAAUUUAUUAAAACGUCAUACAAAUCUUGAGAAUGAUGUACUUGGUCAUAAUGAGGCAUGUGAAAGUAUCAAAGAAACAGCAUCAUUAUUUCAAAAAACAAAUCAUUUUAUGUCUGAUGAAAUACAAGAAAGAGCACAAGCAAGUAUUAAUCGUUAUCAUAGUUUACAAGAACCAAUACAAAUAAGACGUGAUAAUUUAGAAGAUGCAAAAUUACUUCAUCAAUUUUCACGUGAUGUUGAGGAUGAACUUCAUUGGUUAACAGAAAAAGAAACAUUUGCAUCAAGUGAUGAUCUUGGUAAUUCUUUAAUGACUGUACAAAGAUUACAAAAAAAACAUCAAACACUUGAAGCUGAAUUAAUAUCACGUGAACCAGUUGUUGCAUCAUUAGCUGGACGUGCUGCUGGUAUGGUACGUAAUGGACAUUUUGCAAGUGAAAAAAUUGAAACAUCAAUGCAAGAAUUACAAAAAAAAUUAAUUCAUCUUAAAAAUAUUGCAAAUAUUAGAAAGUUACGUUUAUUAGAUGCUGUUGAAUCACAAUUAUUUUAUACUGAAGCUGUUGAAGCUGAACAAUGGAUUAAAGAAAAACAUCCACAAUUAACAUCAUCUGAUUAUGGAAAAGAUGAAGAUUCAGUACAAUCAUUAUUAAAAAAAUUAGAAGGACUUGAACGUGAUUUAUCAUCAUUUGAAAAUACAAUUGAUAAUGUUAAUAAGCUAUCACAUUCAUUAAUAAAUCGUCAACAUUUUGAUAGUACAAAUAUUGCUGAUAAACAAAAUGAAAUUAUAACAAAAUUUAAAGAAUUACAAAAACUUAAAGAUUUUAGAUUACAUAGAUUACUUGAGAGUGAAAAAUUAUUUAAAUUUAUACGUCAAGCUGAUGAAGUUAAUGAAUGGAUUAGUGAUCAAACAACAAUUGCUGCAUCUGAAGAUUAUGGACGUGAUGUUGAACAUGUUGAACUUUUAAUACAAAUAUUUGAUAAUUUUUUGGCUGGUUUAACAACAAGUGAAAGUCGUGUAUUACAAACAAUUGAAGUUGGUGAAAAAUUAAUAAAUGAAAUGAAUCCAGAGAUAACAAAAAUACAUAAAAAAAUUGAUGAAAUUAAACAACAAUGGGAUGAUUUAAAAGAAUUAGCACAUGCAAGACAAGAUGCAUUAGCUGGUGCAAAACAAGUACAUAUGUUUGAUAGAACAGCUGAUGAAACAAUUGCUUGGAUACAAGAAAAAGAAGCAAGUUUAAGUUCUGAUGGUUAUGGACAUGAUCUUGAAACAAUACAAGCAUUAGUACGUAAACAUCAAGGUUUUGAAACAGAUUUAGGUGCUGUUAAAGAACAAGUUGAAUCUGUUAUGGCUGAAGCAUCACGUUUAGCUGAAUUAUUUCCUGAUGCAAGAGAACAUAUUGCUGUUAAACAUGAAGAAGCUGAUGAAAAUUGGAAUGAAUUACUUGAAAAAGCAGCACAAAGAAGAAGUAAAUUAGCACAAGCUGAACAACUUGAAGCAUAUUUUGAUGAAUAUAGAGAUUUAGUAUUUUGGAUUAAUGAAAUGGUUGCUAAAGUAACUGCACCUGAACUUGCACGUGAUGUAACUGGUGCUGAAAUAUUAAUAUCACGUCAUAAUGAAUAUAAAUCAGAAAUUGAUGCACGACAAGAUACAUUUACAAAAUUUUAUAGUGUUGGUGAUGGUUUAAUAAAACAAGGACAUUUUUUGGCUAAAGAAAUACAAGAUAAAAUAUCAGUACUUGAACAAAGAAAACAAAUAUUAACAGAUACAUGGGAACAACGUAAAUUUAUUUAUGAACAAAAUUUAGAUACACAAAUGUUUAAACAAGAAGCUGAAACACUUGAAAAUUGGAUAAUAAGCCGUGAGCCAAUGUUAAAUGAUGGUAAAUUUGGUGAUACAAUACCACAAGUUGAAGAUUUAAUUAGAAAACAUGAAGAUUUUGAAAAAACAAUUGAAGCACAAGAAGAUAAAUUUGAAUCAUUAAAAAGAAUAACAAUGCUUGAACAAGCAUUCCAAAAACAACAAGAAGUUGAACUAGCUGCUAGAUUAGCUGAAAAAGAAAGAAUUGAAAAAUCAAGAUAUGAAGAAAGAAAACGUAAAGAAGUACAACGUAUUACUGAAGAAAGAAAACGUGAAGAAGAAAGAAGAAGAAAUAUUGAUGGUAGUCCACAUAUUAAUAAUGAUCAUGAAAUAAUUAUAAAUGGUACAUCUGAAUCACAUGAAUCAAUUAAUAUAUUAUCACCAUUAAAAAAUGAUACAAUAGCACAAAAAAAUAAUGAUACACAAAGUCCAAAAUCUUAUAGUAUAACACAUGUAUUUGGUGAUCGUUUAAAAAGAACACAAACUGAUCUUAAACGUGCUGAAAGUAUGAAAAUUGAUACUAAAAAACCAAAACGUACACCAAGUUUUACAACACGUAGACGUACACAAAGUUUUAGAAAACAUCAAAAAAUGGAAACAAUGGAUCCAUUAAGUCCAGUUGAAUUACAAGGUUUACUUGAACGUAAACAUGAAUUACAAAGUGGUGGUAAAAAAGCAGCAGUUAGAUCAUGGAAACAAUAUUUUACUGUUUUAUGUGGACAAUUACUUUGUUUCUUUAAAGAUUAUAAUGAUUUUUCACUUAGUAAAGCAGCAACAGCACCAAUAACAAUAUUUAAUGCUAUUUGUGAAAAAGCUGAUGAUUAUACUAAGAAAAAAAAUGUAUUUCGUUUAAAAUGUACUGAUGGAUCAGAAUUUUUAUUCUUAGCAUCAAAUCAACAAGAAAUGGAAGAUUGGGUUAAUAAAAUAUCAUUUCAUGCAAAAUUACCACCAAGUUUACAACUAUUAAGAUAUGAUGAAUCACAAAAAGAUGCAAAUAAUGAUAGACUUAAAAAUCCAGUACCAGAUACGCAAAUUGAUGAUAAUAUAUCAACUGGAAGUAGUAGAGCAUCAACACCUGAAUUAGAAAGAAAAAAUUCUGUAAUACGUAGAGAUGUUACUGAUGGAACAAGUAAUGUUCAAGUUGAAUUUUUACAAAUGCAUAGACAAAAUCAACAAUUACGAGAUAAAACAAAUCAAGAAUUUGUAACAGUAUCAAGAACAUCAGAUUCACAAAUACAAACACAAACUGAAUUUUUACAAAAACAUAGACAACAACAGCAGCAGCAACAACAGCAACAACAAAUAUUUAUUCAACAAGAAAAAUUAAUAAUACAAAAAGAAUUUCAACAAGCACCAAAUGAACGUCCACCAAUUCCACCAAGAGGUGCACCACCACCAGUUCCAGUAAGAUCACCAAGCACAGAAAAUGUACAAUUUCGAAGAAAUGAUAUUGAUCAUCAUGUUAUGCCAAUUAAUAGACCUCAAUCAUAUCAACAAAGAAGUGCCACACUCAAUCAUAAUGGUUCUGGACAUUAUCCUAAUAAUGAUACUUGGCAUAGACAAAGUAGUGUGGACAUAACCAAUUCUUCACCAGUAUAUGGAAAUUCAAAUUUAAAUAAUAAUAUGAGACAGAUUUCACAACCACAGUUGAAUUCAUUUACUGGUAGACCAAAUUCUUUACCACCAUAUGUUGCACCACCACCAGCAAUAUCACCAGUAACACCAACAAAUAUAACAGUUGUUGAUGGAAGAAGAGCAUCAGAAAGUGGAUCAGAAAGUGAACAAAGUUCUGGUAGUUCACGUAAAGAUCGUGAUUACAAAAGAAGCUCAGUACUGAGUAAUUUCUUUGGAAGACGAAAAAAGCCAUCUCAAUCGUAGCAUUAUAAUCAAUAAUUUAUAAGUAUCAAUAAUUGAUACUUAACAUAUCAUUGAUUAUGCAAUAAUCAAUAUAACUCGAGUAUAAAUUUAAUUUUAAUUAAAUAUCAAAAAAAUACAAAACGUAAAUUGAAAAUCAAAUUUACAUAAUAACUUUAUUUUUUUAUGUUUAUUAUAUAUAUUAUGAUUUUUCAAUUUAAAAUGUUUUUUAGUUCAUUCUAAUUGCAUUUGUAUAAAAAAACAAUUUUUUUUUUUUUCUUCUAACACGAUUAAUUAAAUUAAUUAUGUUAACUUCUGUUUUUUCUAUUAUUAAAAUAUAUUUAUGUACAUGCCAACAAGACAAUAGAAAUGGAAAAAAAAAAGAUUUAUAAUAAUUAAAAUGAAAAUAAUUUUUAUGUAAUAUUAAAAAAAAAAAACAUUUAAUAAUAAUAAUAAUAAUAAUUGGUUGCAAUUGUUGAGAAUACAUUAUUAAAAAGGGUAAAUAAAAAAAAAUAAAAUAUUUCAAGUUAAAAUAUAAUUAAAAUAUAUUAGUUUAGGUAAUUACAGAUAUUCAAAGAACAUUAUGUAUUUAAAUGCCAAUGAAUAUCAUUUGUUAAUUGUAUACAAAUUUGAAAUCGAAUAUCUUCAUUAAAUAAAUAUUUUGAAAAAUUAA